GACACAUCUUGCCAUUGCCAUGGACAACACACCUGUAUCUCCCAUCCAACCGCGUGACUACCGAAGAGUCCCCCAAGAAUCAAGCAAUCACGAUGAAACUUGGUUGCGACCACCCAGUGACCAAGUUUCCGCCAUAGAUACGAGCGACGAGCAUCUUGCAGUCUUUGACCAGCCGAACGAUCACGUCACAAAAGAAGUACCUGUUGGCCUUUACGAAACGACCAGCGAAGAGGCCGAUCCCGUCCAAAAAGCGUCCGAUGAAACCAGCUGGAACAAAUUCUGGAUAGUAGAAACUAUAAGCUGUACCAUUGCUGCUUCAGCGCUUGCUGCCAUCAUAGCGGUAUCGGCAACAUACAAUGAUCAUCCACUGCCGCAAUGGCCACGUCCAAUCUCUAUCAACUCGCUGAUAGCUAUUUUCACUGCGAUAUUCAAAGCCGCGCUGGUGAUGCCGGUAUCUGAAGGAAUAAGCCAGUUGAAAUGGCAUUGGUUUAGCAAACCACGCAGGCUAGCAGACAUGGAAAGAUUUGAUAUCGCUAGUAGAGGGCCUUGGGGUUCUUUGCGCCUGCUCUUCCAUCUACACCAACACUAUCUUGCAAGCUUUGGUGCUCUAAUCAUAGUGGUUGCUCUGGCCACCGACUUCUUCUCCCAGCAGAUCAUUCACUACUACGAUUGCCUUCAACCCGUGCCUAACGAGCUUGCCCGCAUCCCAAUGACAAACAACUACACGGCGAACGGAUUCCAUACCGGUCCGCUCUCACAAACCCUCGACACAGCAAUGACCGUUGCAAUUUACACAGGCAUUCUCAAUCCUUCGCACAGCAUUUCCUCCGCCAUUACCGUGGACUGCUCAACGGGAAACUGCACAUUUCCAGCGGACGGCGACGCGGCAUUUUCCUCUCUCGCAAUGUGCCACUCGUGCAGCGACAUAUCAUCGGAAAUCCGCAACGACACCAAGACUUAUAUAAACUACUCCCUGCCUUCUGGUGGCCGUCUUGCCUACACCAAUUUUUCGUCAACCACGGCAGAGCAGGACUUCCCUUCCUCGCUGUUCAAAAUCGAAAACAUCAUGUACCAAGAGGAAGCGAACUGCAAGAAAAAAGUAACUGACUGCCUGAAGCCAUGGGCGGUCCAAUGCUCCAUUAAACCUUGCCUGAACACAUAUUCAGCCAACGUGAGCAAGUCCGUUUAUCAAGAAAAGGUCAUCUCGUCCACUCCGCUCGGAUUCGGCAUCGGCAAAAACAACGCCUGGAAUUUCUCGCUCGCCACGGACUCUAUCCUGCGCGAUGGUGUCUGGCGAUCGUGCAAUGCAUCCUCCGCUCCUACCGAAUCAAACAAUGUCGCCGUGGAUGUGAAUGCCCGAACACUGCAGAGUUACGCAACCUUCAAUGGAUCGAAAAUCACCGACGCCGACAUCCAAUGGUACCCUCCCGAAUGCGUCUGGAUGGUCGGCCACGGCUUCAUACUCGCGGUGAACGACUUCCUCCUCGACCUCUUCGACGGCGAGUCCUUGAGCAGCAUGUACGGCUCGGCAAACUACACCGAAGGCCCCGUCUGGCUCAAACGGAUGUAUCAGGAUGGAAAGGCCAACCUGAGCAGCGUGAACGCGUUCAUGGAAGGCCUCGCGACGGAAAUGACGGCCCAGAUGCGCAUGCAUGGCGACACACCCAGGGCGCAAUGGGUGCAAGGAAAAGCAAUGGCGUCGCAAACCUGCAUCCGCGUCCGCUGGGCGUGGAUCAGCCUUCCUGCUGCGCUGUUCUGCCUCACGGUGUUGUUUCUCGCUUUCACAAUGCUGCGCACGAGGAUGCUGCAGCAGUUGGGCUACUGGAAGUCGUCGAUUGUCGCUUUGCUGUUCCAUGGCCUGGACAGGGAGUCUAGCGAGAGGUUCGCGAGCUUGUCGAAGCGCGGGGAUAUGUAUGAUACGGCGGAUCGUGUCAAGGUGCAGCUGAGACCUGAUCGGAAUAAUAGCUGGAAGUUGGUUAAUGUUGCAGAUAGCAUUAAGUAGUUUGUUUACCUUUGCAAAUCCC